AUGGAUUGCAUUUGCCUGGCGGUGGUGGGCGGGGCCUCUGCCGCGUCUCCUCCUCCUCCUCCUGCUGCUGCUGCUGCUGCUUCUGGCCGCGCGGGCUCCGCUUGGGAGGCGCCCUGCCUGGGGCUGCCCCGGAUCCUUCCCCGCAGCCGCUCAGGUUUGGGCAGCAGCCAUUUCUCGCUUCCUGGCGUCGGGAAAGGAGGGCCGGAGCCGUUUCUUUGUUUGAUUGGCGCCGUAUUCCGCCCGCGGCUCGCAAGAUCAAAAGACAAGGUGGUUUCCUGCCGGCUGUUCAACUGCUUGAAUUCAGCAGUGGGCACCGUCUGUAUAAACUGGAGUGUCCACCCUUCCAAGUAUUAGACUCUCUCCUCAUGUUUUAGCCUCACAAGAGCCCUUUCAGGUAGAUUAGGUCAAGGGAUCCCUGACCAUUCGGUCCAGUUGUGGCCAACUCUGGGGUUGCGGCGCUCAUCUCGCUUUAUUGGCCGAGGGAGCCGGCGUACAGCUUUCGGGUCUUGUGGCCAGCGUGACUAAGCCGCUUCUGGCGAACCGGAGCAGCGCACGGAAACGCUGUUUACCUUCCCGCCAGAGCGGUACCUAUUUAUCUACUUGCACUUUAUGUGCUUUCGAACUGCUAGGUUGGCAGGAGCAGGGACUGAGCAAUGGGAGCUCACCCCGUUGCGGGGAUUCGAACCGCCAACCUUCUGAUCGGCAAGUCCUAGGCGCUGUGGUUUAACCCACAGCGCCACCCGCGUCCCACUUGAGGUAGAUUAGACUGAGCCUAAUUCCUAGUCCUGUGCCAUCCAGUGUGUGUCAUGAUUAAACCAGAAUCUGAACCUGGGUUCAAACCCUUCACUGAAUAGAUUUGUGUCUCUUUUUUAAAAAAUCAUGGCAGCCUGCAUCUUUCCCUUCUGUCUCGCUUUGAUGGAGUGUCUUGAAUGCUGUGGUGCAGUAGUGUCCCCCUUUGAAAUACAAGGAUAAAUAGUUGUCUUAUUACAAGCCACUAGUGGUGGGAGAGAAUCCACUAAUCUGGUGCACAGGCCCAUCAAUUGGUUUCCGAAAUGGGGAUUCUGAGGCACUUUUUGCAACUAACACAUUGCAGGGCUGCAACAAAUUGUGAGAGGUUAAAAAAUGAAAAGGCAAAUGUGAAUGAAUGCGCCCAGUUAUGUUAAAAUAAAUCAGUUUACUCAUUUUCCUCUUAAUUAUUAACAUGAGUGGGAAAUGGGAUAGUACUGUAGUUCUUCAAAAAAAAAUAGUGCUAAGAUUGAUCACUUUCUUAAUAGCAUAUUCAAAACUUAACAUGUUUUCAUCUGCUAAUAUUGGAAUCAUUAGGGUAUCACAGAAGCAUUUAAGAGGUCUUGUACUUUGUGCUUUACAGUCGGAGUGAGCAGAAAAGGUAGAUCAGGUUCAGCUGAUUUGCAGGAGAAUGGCAAAGAAAGCUCACAGUUACUUGACAAAGGCUGCAGCAAAGAAGCUUUACAGUGGUAUCUCUGGUUAUGUAAUUUCGUUGCUGAAAGGGAAAAUGCUUUUUGGGAAAACCAGGAGUGGACUUACACAUGAAAGUGUAAAAUUGCUUCUAAUCCUGAAAACAAAUUCCUGGGCUGGGCUUGUACUCGGAGGCACCCUGGCCCUUAAUUCUAAAGGUCUGCCUGUCCCACCAGUUUGCAUCUGGCCCUGACAGAUGAAUCUCAAGGUACUUUUGCAGAAGCCAAAUAGAUCCGUCAAGUCUGAAGUCUGUCCACCCAUGUGUAAUUUACAAAAUGCUAACAUGACUAAAAAUAUGGUUCCUUGUCCCAAGAUGCUUACAAAUUAUUUUUUUGGAGAGUGGAACAAGAGAAAAGAAGGCAAGGGCAGCAGUAGACGAAUAUGGAAGAAAGAAUUGCAUAUUUCUGGUUUAGUAUUGAUGGGAAAACAACUAAGAGGUUGAGACAAAAACAAAAAGGCAGCUCAAGCAACCAAAUAUAUUAAUUUUUUUUAUUACUAAUUUGAUACUUGCUAAUCUCCUUAUUAAGUGUACUUGCUUUUACUAACUUGGACACUUUCUACAUUAAAUCCAGUUUGGAAUAAAAUCUGGAAGAAACUAAUAGCCAAGUUUAAAUUUUGCCUCACUACUAAAUCCCUUAAGAUACCCUAAUAUCAAUAGUACCAGUAGCUUCAAUGGCAAAUUGUUCCAGAAUCUAGGUGAUACCUAAAGAUAAGAUACUCAGAGUAGUCCCAUUGACUCUUUACUUAAGUAAGUUGAUUGCAUCUGGUUAUGACUUACUUGGAUAUCACUCCAUGUCCUUAAGUAGAGCCAGUGUUGUGUAGUGGUUAGAAUGUUUGAUUAGGGAGACCUGGGUUCAAUCCCCACUUGGUGAUAUAACUCACUUGUUGACCUUAGACCAAUCAGCAGUUCUCAGCCAAGCUCACCUCACAGGGUUGUUGUAUUGAUAAAUUGGGGGAAAGGACCAUAUAUGCCUCCUUGAGCUCCUAGGAGGAAAUGUGAGGUGUGCAUGUGAUUGAUAAUUAAAAUGACAAAACAUUUUUAACUUUUCCAUAAGCCUACCACCUAUGAAUUUAUUGUUAUUGUUGAUGCAAAACUUAAGCCAUCACUUCUGCCGUUUAUUCAUUGCAGGCAAGACCAUGA